CGAGGACGACACGGUUGCGCCACGAACGGCAAACACGCUGCUCUAUAUCGGGACCAUAUACCCAUACCGAAGCAAUCUACCGCCGCGAUAUUCACUUAUCAUUAGCCUCCUUUGAAAAUGACGGAGUCGCAAUCGGGUGUUGAUUGAAGAAAAGUUAAUGUCCGCGGGCGUACUUCAGCAGAGUUGGAUCUUGAACAAAGGCGCCUACGGGUUUCGCGUACAGUUCAAGAAUAUCUGAAAAAAAUCAUUUUGUGAUACCUAAUCCACGAAGACAUACCCAUUUGACGCUACACAGUAGCAUGAUAUCAGUCAUCGGGGAGAGAGAUUGUAUGGACAUUAGACUUGUAUGAACUUAGGGAUUGUAUGAACAUAUAGAAAGAUUCUGGAUAUAAUCUGUGUUAGAAAUGUCCCCAAGACAUACUUGGGUUUUUUAUCGGGAGUGUCGAUGAAUCCCGUUCAAAACAGUUGGGAUAGUGUUAAAUUUGACUUUCGGAUCGUCCUGUUUGCGCCCUUCUCAGGACGUAAUUACCAUCAUAGGUUUCAAUGUGUCGGUGUUAUCCCAAUCGUAUCUGAAAAGUCAAAUCUCAACAGUUAUCUUUGAAAUCUUUUUCUCUUUCUCUUUAAAAAUAAAAUAAAAUGAUUUGCAAAGCACGGGACGAUUCGUUCAAGCUUGCACAUGUUUCUAUGAGUGAAACUUGACUACUAUGUGCGACACUCUCUGUGUGUAUUGUUUAAUAUUAAUGUCGAAAGAAGAGACAAAGCUUCGAGUUACACUGAAAAAUCAUCGCAUAUAUGUACGCGUACGAAAUAGUGUCGUGACAAACGACAGAUAGAGUAAUCUGUACCUGAUCACAACGAAAUAUUUAUUUCAACGAAAUGGAGAACACAGGAGUACGUUGUCACGAUAUGGGCAAAAAUAAAUAGGAUUUUCUCGUAUUCUAUUUACGGAACGGUAUUGUUCUCAUUGCCGCUGGUCAACGAAACAUUGACAAGGAAGAUCGUUUGCUAGUGAUUAUCUUCCACGCAUAACAAAGUUAAAUCGAAAUAAAUUAUAAAUUCUGUCGUUGCUGAGUACGUUAUAUUGUAUUCGCUAAGAAAGCUUAGUUUUCAUAAAUAUAUAUGAAAAUACCUUAUAAUUUGUUAGAUAUACGCAUCGCUAGGCCUUCUUUCACGAAUUACACAUAAUAUGACUUCACCAAAGAAUUAAGUUUUAAACGGCCUUAAAGCAAAUAUUUCCUAACUUCAGAAACACACUUGUAACGACAACAACCGUCGCAAAGAGUGAUGUCAGAAUCUAUCAGAUUCAAAAAUCUUAUUACGUUGUCUUUCUGACAACUUUUCAACAAAUCCUACUGAAACUAACAUCAACUUAUUGUAAAAUUGCAAGAAUUUUUUAACAUAUUUACUGAUUUACGUGGUUAAGUUACAAACUAAUACCAGUUAAAUUAGAAUCCAAGAAAUAUACAACGAUUAUCUUCGAUUAAGUUUUCAACGUCGGAAGAAUCUUCCGAGGAAACCGAACAACGAUCCUAGAAGACCUAAUCCUUAUAAUCACCCGGAACAAAUAAUCACGCAAAGCUAAGAUAUAUAAGUUCGUUCUUUCGAAAGUGCACAUUUAUGUCAGCCGACGGCUUCAACCCAAUAUCCGCCUGCUGUAUCUUCAUAUACGUGCCUAUCGUGAAAUUCGUGGAUCGAGGAUCGACACAGAUCACUCGGUUCCCGUGAACAAACAGCGAAGAAUGUUGCUUUGAACCUCGUGGGACUCUCAGUCAAGGAACACGAAGAUGCCGCAACAACAGCAACGGUCGGCUUUCGCGAUUCAAGAGCUGCUGGGCCUAGAUGGUACCGGAAACAGGAGCGGGACCGAUCGCGGAUCCCCGCAGGACUCGCCGCCCGCCGGCGUCUCGGCGGUUUCCUACGCCCCGGCCGCGCCUCAUCACUCGAAAUUAUGGGAAUACAUGCCCAGCUUAAAUCAUUUAGGCAAUCUGGGGAAUCUGGGAAAUCUGGGGAAUCUGGGCAAUCUCACGGCCUCGAGGAUGGCCUACCUGAAUGCGCAGGCGGCCGUGGCGGCCGCCUUUCUACCGCCGCCCCAUCCCCACCCGGCUCACCAUGUACCGCAUCAUCAGGUACAUCAAUCGGGCCAACUUCCGGCAUCGCCGCCCGGCGUCAAUCUACAUCCUGCGGCACAUGCGCAGCACGUACUUCCUGGUACGGCUGUAACUGCGAAUCAUCAUCAGCACAGCCCGACUCAACACACACCACCUCAUGGAUUUUCGCAAUCAAAAGGAUCAUUUCCGAAUGCGAGUCCAGGUGUCGGACACAACAUAGAAUCAGGGAAGGACUUUACAGUGGACGGGCUCUCGGGUUUCAGCAAAAAGAAGAAAAAAAAGCGUCGUCAUAGGACGAUCUUCACAUCACAGCAACUGGAGGCGCUGGAGGCAGCCUUCAAGGAGGCCCAUUAUCCUGACGUCUAUGCUCGCGAGAUGCUAAGCUUGAGAACCGAUUUACCUGAAGACAGGAUACAGGUAUGGUUUCAAAACCGAAGAGCAAAAUGGCGCAAAACAGAGAAAUGUUGGGGCAGAAGUACUAUAAUGGCAGAAUAUGGUUUAUACGGAGCGAUGGUUCGACAUUCCUUACCACUUCCGGAAACGAUUUUAAGAAGUGCCAAGGAAAAUGAAUCCGUCGCACCAUGGCUAUUAGCUCAAUCGUCUAAGACAAGCAGCUUUAACCAAGAUUUCGAAUGUAAUCAAGAACUGAUUGACUGUGGACCUGUAGGGAUGCAUCGAAAGUCGCUCGAGGCAGCAGAGCAUCUCAAAUCUGGUGGAGAGGACAGCGGUAACGAUCAAAACGGAAGCGGAAGCAGCCCCAAUCAUAAUCAUCAUCAAGGAGGACCAACCAGUUCGGAAAGCGGACAGGAAAGUCAGGAUGGUAUGGGACCUUCGUCAUCUACGAGUGUUGUACAGGAUACAGAGCAACUCAGAAAUGAGAGUAUUGCCUGUUUAAGAGCGAAAGCGCAGCAACAUCAGCUACAGUUGAGCCUGCAACCAACAUCAACGCCGCCUGGCGGAUCGUAUCCGUCAGCACCACAAUCCAGCACAUUGCACACUUCGGUUUAAUCGCAAUUAUACGAGCUGCUCUUCUCUUGAUAGUUCCGUGUCUAAUAUUUUUGUUGCUAAUAUACGGAAGCACAUCGUCCUACUCGGCAGACUGUCGUAGAUGAAUCAGCAGUAUCGAUUUCAAAUCAGUGAUAUUUUUUUAUUGGAUACCUUCGAUGAGAAUAUAUCGAGGUAUAAAGUCUUUUUCCGAGGUCACUUUUGAAGUUAACAUUUACAGUUAGACUGCGGCGAUGAUGAUCUCGGAUUAUUCCGAGUAAUAUGAUUCUGAUACAUACCUACGUUCCUCGCGCCAUUUUCGGGCACAGUUUCGCAAAUUUUUUUGCGAGAAUUGAGAUUAUGCAGAUUAAAUCUUUUGUGAAGAUUGAAGAGAUACAUGUAUGUACACUCUUAAGGAAAAAUACAUUCAACUUUGAGUGUUAAUCGUAAAAAAACACUAAAAACUCUCAAAGUUGGAUGUGAUUUCGGGCCAGUUGAAGAUUAACCUUCAAUUGAUGAUGAUAAUUGAUGGUAACCUUCAAAAUGACAGUAACCCUGAAAAUAAAAACCCUCAAAUAAAAGUAACAUCCAAAUGUGAAUAAAUAUAUUUAAAUGUUUUCAAUUUAUCAACAUCCAACCUAUUCAUCAUUAAGAGUUAAUACUUCACCCAGCAUUAAGAAUUAAACCCACAACUUACAUUAAAUCUUAAUAAUCAACGUUCAAUAACAUGGCAACAUUUAAAUUUGGAUGUUAAUACUUAAGUUUGAGUGUCUGUCAUAAAAGUUAAAUGUUAACACUUAAAUUUGGAUGUACAUUGAGCGUUGACUAUUAAGAUUUGAUGUAAGUUGUGGGCUUAAUCUUCAAUAAUAUGUAUAAGCUGAAAAUUAAUCCUUAAUGAUGACCCAAAUUUGAGCGUUAACCAUUAAAGUUGAGUGUAUUUUUUCAUAAGUGCAAGCACAACGAAGCUUGACGAACCAACCGAUCGAGCGCCUGUUUUUGCGUUAUCCGUUUACAUGCCUCGCGCAAGCAAUUAACCAGGCCUAUAAAUCGAUACGUAUAAAUCCACCGCAACGACACUUGACAAUGAUAUAAAAGACAUUAACGAUAUCCUCUCAUAAUAUGUUUCGAGAGAAACAAAAAUGCCGAUAUAAAAAGAGAAUGUGAACAAUGAAGCUAAUUGUUAAGUUUAAUCUUCAUCAACGAAAUAAUAGCCUAUCGACGAUUAGUAUAACAAUGAAAGAUCUGAUGAAAAUUCCGUCGUCGACAAAUCUUCAGAGAAAAAUUUUUCCAAAAAAAAAAGAAAAUCGUUGGCAAUGGACGAGGCUUGAUUAUUCCGGUUAGAUAAAAAUCGGCAGAUUAAAAGCGAACAAAACUACUUAAAUAGAAUAUAUCGCUUUUCAUAAUGCGACAGUACAUGUAUGCGUGCAUGUUGCCUGUAUGUGUGUAUGUGCAUAUAUAUGCAUG